CAAAGUUCGGAGGAGCUCCGAGCUGCUCCAAGCUAAGCCCCAAACGAACCUAUUAUCUCUGGAAUUACUCAGUUUACAGUGUGUCCAGUUCACCAUGGUAUUCGAAGUACACACCUAUACUGCUCUAGAAGAAAGACGUGUGCAAUUUUCGGUCAAUUGUAUUUGUAUUAAUUGAUACUAGUGAUUAGUGAUUACGGAUAAUACGGAUAAAUACAUGUGUGAUUUAAGUACAUACUACUUCUAUAAUAUUUCAAGUAUAAGCAAUGGAGGGCGAUCAAAAGAGUUACGAUCUAAGGAGACGCAGUAGGUCCAGGUCUGAGACUCCUCUGAUAUUAAACAAGACUGAAGGUGAAAAUGAUGGCUCUGAACACCACUAUGAUUUGAGGAGCAAGAGCAGAGACAGGUCCAUGACUCCUGGAAUUGAAGUCAGUAGUAGUAGAAGGUCAACUUCUAGAUCAUUACCAAGCAGUGUAGUUAAGGCGCGCAAUAAAGACAUGGAGGUUAUUGUUGAACAAAAAGACAUUACACUGACAGAUGUAGCGGCUACAACGCCGAGUAAAAAUACAACUUUUGAAACGAGCACUGUCAAAAAGAAAGCGGAACGUCGUUCUGAGCGUCAAAGAAUUAAAAAACAGAUUUUUGCAAAUGGACAGAGUGAAUCUGUGGAUGAUUCUUCUGAUGCAAAUACAGAAAUCAAGGACAGAAAGAGUUUUAUCUCGAAGAGGUUAAUCACAAGUGAUUAUUCAUCUGAAGAUUGUGAUAGGGAGGAUAUCCCUAGUCGACCAACAUCAGUUCAUGAGUUUUACAAGCAGCAGGGUGAUUAUUGGAACAAAUUUCCAAAGACAGAUUACACAUACUCGAAAGCGUCGACAUGUCGGUACGAGGUAGCACCAGGCGUCAUGGCUAUUCCUAAUAUGUCCCGUCGCUCGUUGCGUUUAGAUAGUAGUAUUUUCAGUGGCCAAACGACAAGCAGCCAAUCGUCUUUAGACAGCUAUACCAACGAGCACCCGAUAAAGGAACCCUAUCAAGUUUCUCGAGGCCCACUGGGUCUUUCAUCUCAAAUGCAGUCGCACGUUCGAAAGUACACGAGCACUAAUCAAUCAAAUGAUUACAAAAAGACUUUGGUGGAUUCGCAGCGUAAUCGUCCUAGUUCUGUCUUUAAUUCUCAAAUCGAAGAUGAUCUUAAUGAAAGGUAUGAAUCGUGGGUGGAUAAUUUAAAACAUCUUUCAAGUAAUUACAACUACAAAAAUACAUUGUACAACGUGGAUUCUGAUACUGAUUGCGACGAAUUGGAUAAAUCGUCGAGUUAUACGUUGCGAAAAAAACAAAAGUCAAAUACUACUAGUCUGUUUUUGGCAUGGUUUACGGCUGUACUGCAUUUUAUCACCUUUGGACAGUUUCAAAAACAAGAGUACCCCACUAGUCACUAUCAUCCGCCCAAUCAAGAAACAAGAUUGAGUUGGUUUUGGCAACAAUUUGAUGCAGCCGUGCAGCAUAUAUAUUUACUGUUCGUCAAAAUCAUACUUUUCGACUCAUGGUUGCUUAGUAGAGCUUCCAAGUUGCGAGAUCGAGCCCAAGGACGAUGGACAAAAAUACUUUGGCUUCUCCUUCCACUUGUUCUUACGAUUGGUUACUUGUGUCUACCAUUAAUAGUACCUGCCAUAUCAUGGACAUACCAAAAAACAUUACCCAUCCAAAUUCAAAGAGAAACUGACAUGAUGCAAAGCUACUCCCCAGAAGAUAUUAAAAUAAACCAAGAGCUCAAAAACCUCGUAAAUAUUUUAAUCAAUCGUGUUCAGUAUUUAGAGAUUGCAGAAUCGGAACGAUCGGUACAUUUGUCGAACAUCACACAGAGCAUAGAAGAUCUGAAACAUAGUGGUGGUGAUGUUCGGAACAAAUAUGACAGCAAAUUAUCAAGCUUGGAGCAGGAGUUGGCGUUGCUGAGCAGCGAAAGCAAAAAUUUCCAUGCAGACGAGCUUGGCAUGCUAAAAGUAGAAUUUCAAAAUCUGAAACAAUUGUACGGUCAGCUGAAAACCUGCUGUGAUGCAACCUCAAGUAUGGCAAAUGAAGACCAAAUGCGAGAACAAGCGGACAAAGUGUUUGCAGGCUACUUUGGCGAUGCCAUUUCCAAAGACGACAUUGUGAAGGUGUUCCAGAUCAUGAACUCAAAGAUCCAGCAUGAAGAAAUCGCACAGGCAAGUGGCAUUGUCGGAGCACCUAGCGAAGAGCCUGAGAAGAGCUCGACGAGCCUGAGCAUAGAUGAAAUACGCAAAAUUGUUGUUGGAAUCCUGAAAAUUUAUGAUGCCGACAAGACUGGUCGGGUUGAUUACGCUUUAGAGUCUGCCGGAGGUCAAGUAUGUAGUACCCGUUGCACGCAAAAAUAUAACGUCCAAACGCGCGCCUUUAGGAUUUGGGGGGUAACGCUUUUCUACGAAAACAACAACCCACGAACCGUGAUACAAGGCAAACUGCUGCAGCCAGGCAUGUGCUGGGCAUUCCAGGACUUUCCUGGUUAUCUGCUCAUCAGAUUGCGAAGUCGAAUUUAUUUGACGGGAUUCACGAUGGAGCACGCAUCCAGAGCUAAUCUGCCCAACGGAGAGAUGAAGAGCGCUCCGCGAAAGUUCAACGUUUGGGGGUUGAGGUAUGAAAACGAUUUAGAUCCUGUGAUGUUUGGAGAAUAUGAGUUCUUGGUCUCUGAUGACAGCUUGCAAUAUUUUCCGGUUCAGAAUACAACAAUAACAGAAGCCUACGAAUACGUUGAGUUGCGGAUCCAUAGCAACCAUGGUCAGCUCGAGUAUACGUGCUUGUACAGGUUCCGAAUUCACGGGAAUCCUGCGUGAUUCGCUGCCCCUCGAGCCCCUGUAGAUAAAAACUUUUUUCAACAUUACCAGGUGUAUGCCAACUUGAGAAAACCAAGUGCUAUAGCAACGAUGAAUACGCCGUGUGCCUUAAAUUAAAGUGUCGGCUGAAAAAGCACAAAUCAAAAUAAUCCAAACGCAUAAUAUUCAAACGCACCAAGAUGAUUUCGGGUAUUGUAAGUACAUACAAAUAGAUCUGAGCUCUUGUGAAGAGUUAUAAGUUUCAAAAGUAUUUUUGUAAGGCGAUACUAUAAUAUUUUUCGUAGAUAUUGUGAAAUAUUGAGAAUCCCUUUACAGUUACCGAUGGUUGAGACAGUAAAUUAAUAAAACAAAAAAAAAACAUCAAUGUUGCUCGUUACAUACCAUCGUUACCGAUUUCUGGAUCUCUUAUUUAUUUAUUCUUAUUCUUGUAUUUGUAUAAUAUGCCAGUCAAUCGAUAACGAAGGGUGGGGAAAAGUAAGCAACCUUAGUGAUAUUUUUCUCGUUGCUUUUGUGUAAUGCAGAAAAUGGAUAGUGUACCGAUUCAAUAAGAGUACAAAUUGUAAAGCCACUUACUAGUUAUUAGUUCUAAGUCACGCUUUUUGUAGAGUAAAAAAGAUUUAUUAUUGAGUGAUAUGUAUAAAAUGUAUUGAAUAUGUAUAUUUAUAUUGUAAAAAAUGAGAAGCAGCUUGUGGCAUUUGCUCACUCAUAAAAACACUCUAAUAAUUUAGUUUCAUGUUUUCGAAACUCUUGAUACUGUACUCUUGAACCAAACUGUUUGAUUUUGUUUAUGAAAAGUUUAGAAAGAUAACCUUUCUUGGCAUCAUUAAAAUUGUUUAGGCAUAUUACAUAAUUUAUUAAGAUUUAAACUUGAUUUUGUUGAUUUUCCAAGUUUAAUACAUUAUAUUUCGUACGUUUUUUUUCAUGUUUGGUAGCAAAAAUACUUUUCAUUAAGAAAUUCAAUCAGGAUUGAGGAAAUGUAAUAGUAGGUAAUAUUUUGAAAAAUAUUACCGCUUUGUAUUUGACCAAUAUUUGUAAUACUUCAAAUUGUCGGAUUUUUCGAAAACAUAAAUCCUAUUAAGUAAACGAAAAAAAAAAAACGUUUAAAAAACAUCAAAGAUGAUGUUAUCAAUAGAUUCUCAACGCACUAAUGAUUUUUUGCAUAAUACAUCGAUCUAGUGGCAAUUGCAGAGUCAAAACAAGUCACUUCCUAUUUUUGUACAUCAAAGGAAUCUUUUGAAAGUUUCUUGGCUUGACUGAGACUUUUUUGAAAUUUAUUUCAACUCUUAACCACACACUUGUUUUUGGCACGUGAUAUACUUAAUAAAAACAAUAAUUAUUAAGAGUUAACGAUCGAUGAUUUCUACGUGAAAAUAUUUGUGUCAUAUAUUUUUCACAUAUCCAAAAGGCAUGAGAGGCAAGAAAAAAAAAACCUUCCUUUUUUUACCCAAGUGUCAUAUAUGUAUGCGCGCUUCCUAUUUGAUAUUUAAGUA